AGCUUGUCCUCUCAAAGUGCUGAGAUUACAGGCGUGUGCCAUUGUGCCUGGCAGGCCUUUGCAUUUUAUUUUAGGGCUAAUUGAUCCCUUAAGCAGUAGAGUGGCUUGUAAUUAUAUUGCUUUGUCCUUUGAGUCUUAUCAUGAGUGUGUUGGAAUGCAACUUUCUUUUUUUCCAUUUUAUUUUUUAUCUUAUAGCAAAAUUGAGAUUUUUGGGGUACAAGUCCAUGAAUUUUAACAAAUGUAUAGAUUUGUCUCAUCAUCACCCAAAUCACUUUUAAAUUAACAUUUGAAAUAGAUGCAAAAUAGUUUCAUCAUCCCAUAAAACUCUUUUUGUCAUCUCCUUUUAGUCAUACUGUUUCCCUGCCCCUCAUCCCUGGCAGCCACGGAUCUGUUUUUCAUCACUAUGAUUUUGUCCUUUUGAGGAUAUCAUAUAAAUGGAAUCGUAGAAUGUGUAGUAACCUAUUGAGACUGGCCUGUUUCACUCAGCAGCCAUUGAGAUUCAUCCAGGUUGUUGCAUGUACCAAGUUUGUUCCUUUUUAUUGUAAGGUAGUGUUCUAUUGUAUGGGUGUACCCACAGUUUGUUUAUCCAUUCACUUGUUGAAGGUUAUUUGGAUUAUUCUCAGUUUUUAGCAAUUGCGACUAGAGCUGCUAUACAUUUUCAUGUACAAGUUUUUGUGCAAACACGAGCUUUCAUUUUUCUUGGUUAAAUUGCCAGCAGUCAGAUUGCUGGGUUAUAGUGUAAGAGUAUGUUUAACUGUGUAAGAAACUUCCACCUCUUUUUUUUUUUAGAACAGUGAUGCUGUUUUGCAUUGCCACCAGCAGUAUAUGAAAAUUCCAGGUGUUUCACAUCCUCACCAGCACUUGUCACAGCAAACUGUACAAUGGCAGUUGAGUGGGUUUUGAAAAACAUCUGAAUUGUAGUGUCUACAUCUCUACCUCUGCCUUCUCCCUACUCUUUGAAAAAGAAUAAAUGGCGUGUUUGAGAAGAGAGCUAUAUUGAAAGAGGAAUAUUGCAAAUGGCUUCAGAUUCUGUGAAUACUAAACAAGCUAGGAAUCACAUUACAAAGGGGAAAAGGCAACAACAGCACCAGCAAAUAAAGAACAGAUCCUCAAUUAGUGAUGGUGAUGGAGAAGAUUCCUUUAUUUUUGAAGCAAAUGAAGCUUGGAAAGAUUUUCAUGGUUCUCUUCUUCGAUUUUAUGAAAAUGGAGAACUCUGCGAUGUCACACUCAAGGUUGGCUCAAAGCUAAUCUCUUGUCACAAGCUGGUAUUGGCUUGUGUUAUUCCCUACUUUAGAGCCAUGUUUCUUUCUGAAAUGGCCGAAGCCAAGCAAACGCUGAUUGAGAUUAGAGAUUUUGAUGGUGACGCAAUAGAAGACUUGGUAAAGUUUGUCUAUUCUUCACGGCUCACUUUGACUGUUGACAAUGUCCAGCCUCUCUUAUAUGCAGCCUGUAUUCUGCAGGUUGAACUAGUGGCUAGAGCUUGUUGUGAAUACAUGAAGUUACAUUUUCAUCCCUCCAAUUGCCUGGCAGUAAGAGCCUUUGCAGAAAGUCACAAUCGAAUAGACUUAAUGGACAUGGCGGAUCAGUAUGCCUGUGAGCAUUUUACUGAAGUAGUGGAGUGUGAAGACUUUGUAAGUGUAUCACCCCAGCACCUCCAUAAGCUUUUGUCCUCCAGUGAUCUAAAUAUCGAAAAUGAAAAGCAGGUCUAUAAUGCUGCCAUCAAGUGGCUACUUGCCAAUCCUCAGCAUCAUUCCAAAUGGUUGGAUGAAACACUUGCACAGGUUCGUCUGCCAUUGUUGCCGGUUGAUUUUCUUAUGGGUGUUGUCGCAAAAGAACAGAUUGUCAAGCAAAAUCUAAAAUGUAGAGAUUUACUGGAUGAAGCAAGAAAUUACCAUCUUCACUUGAGUAGCAGAGCAGUACCUGACUUUGAAUACUCCAUUCGGACUACCCCAAGGAAGCAUACUGCUGGUGUGCUGUUUUGUGUAGGUGGUCGAGGUGGAUCUGGUGACCCCUUUCGCAGUAUUGAAUGCUAUUCUAUCAACAAAAACAGUUGGUUCUUUGGACCAGAAAUGAAUAGUCGAAGGCGACAUGUGGGUGUAAUCUCUGUGGAAGGUAAAGUGUAUGCAGUAGGUGGACAUGAUGGAAAUGAACAUUUAGGUAGCAUGGAGAUGUUUGAUCCUCUCACUAAUAAAUGGAUGAUGAAGGCAUCAAUGAACACAAAGAGGCGAGGAAUUGCCUUGGCUUCCUUAGGAGGCCCAAUUUAUGCAAUUGGAGGGUUAGAUGACAAUACUUGCUUCAAUGAUGUGGAGAGAUAUGACAUAGAAUCUGAUCAGUGGAGUACAGUGGCACCAAUGAAUACUCCCCGUGGAGGAGUUGGCUCUGUUGCUCUAGUAAACCAUGUUUAUGCAGUAGGUGGCAAUGAUGGAAUGGCUUCUUUAUCUAGCGUGGAGAGAUACGAUCCACAUCUGGAUAAGUGGAUAGAAGUUAAAGAAAUGGGUCAACGAAGAGCAGGCAAUGGAGUUAGCAAGCUUCAUGGUUGCUUAUACGUAGUUGGUGGUUUUGAUGAUAAUUCUCCUCUGAGUUCAGUUGAGCGGUAUGAUCCCCGAAGCAACAAGUGGGAUUAUGUGGCAGCACUUACUACCCCCAGAGGUGGAGUGGGAAUUGCAACAGUGAUGGGCAAAAUCUUUGCAGUUGGUGGUCAUAAUGGCAAUGCAUACUUAAAUACAGUAGAAGCAUUUGAUCCAGUGCUGAAUAGGUGGGAGCUUGUUGGAUCUGUGUCUCACUGCAGAGCUGGAGCAGGCGUAGCUGUGUGUUCCUGUUUAACUAGCCAAAUUCGAGAUGUAGGUCAUGGAUCCAAUAAUGUGGUUGACUGUAUGUGAUUUGAGUUCUGGCCACCAACAAUUUAGUCAUAUCUGAUAGGUACAAAAGAAAACCAAGAUUUUGAUAUGACCACCUUUCAACACUUUUUACUACAACUAGAGUCUUAUGUAAACGUUAACUGAUGUAUUGUGACUAAGUACAACUUUUGGAAUGAUACCUGAAGAAUUAUUAGUAAUAGAAUUAAAUUUGAUAUUUCCUGCUUUUGCAAAAAAUGGAGUAGGGAAGGAAGACAGUUGAACUUAAAACCAUACCUACCCUGAAAAAUGCUUAAAGUAGUGCCAGAAAUCUUGAAAUCUCUCUCUCUCUCUUUUUAUGUGGAUGAAUCAAAAUGUAAUUUGUUGAGUUUUGCCCUUUCUUUUGCCUAGAGAUGUUAACUUCAGGCAGUGGAGUUUUCCUAGGGGAGAGAUUAGUACCUAUUCAUUAACACAAGGAUACAUAAAAGACUUGCCCCUUUUGAAGAUCAUUUCUACUUGGUGCUGAUGCAUUUAUGUCUUGCUUUUUUUUUUAGGUGGUGAUUUUUCAAUUUCUUUUAUAUUUACAGAAGUAGAAAAAAUGUUCUGUCUUUUUGAGUGCCACUUGGCUGCAUUUUCAGAAGCUUAUAGGCUAUAAGAAACCUUUAAUUUCAGUUUGAAUUGCUAGGACACCAAAAGACCUAGCUGGGCUAACACCAUCCAAAUGAUUUUACAGUUUUAUUUUUUCAUCUUUUGCAAGAAGUAUUUGUUACAUAAUCAAAAGGUGAACCAGAGGAAAUAUUGAAUAAGGUUUUAGAUGUGAUGUUAGUCUGGCGCCCAGUUGAGAGACCUUGAGAAAGAAUGAUGCAGAUUACAUGACUCUAAUGUGGGCAGUCUGAAAAUAUCUUUAACUCUCUUCUUUGAUCAUUUGAUUUUGGAUCCAAGAUUUAUCAACUCUCUAUUUUGCUAUUUGCCACCAUCCUGGUUUUUCUGACUGUACAGAAUCUGCAUUUACUUAUUAUCAGAAAUGAAUGCAUUUUUACAAAAACCCUUUUGUAGACUGUAGUUUAUUGAUUAGUUCAAGCCCAUCAUGAGCCAAUUAAAAAUAUUGUUGGUAAAAACAGAUUGAAAUUACUGUUUUUAUCAUAUUUAAAUCCCUCUGGUGUAUUUAUUGAAAUUUAAUUAAAAAUAUUUCUACAUAUCGAUUUGAAGCCAGGAUAUUGAUGGAAACAGCUCUUCAAAGUUUUAACUAGCAUUGUAAAAUGGCCUAUUCAUUAUAUGUAUUUUUUUAUAAGUAUUUAGCAAGAACAUGAAAAUGUUUUAUUUUGUAUUUGCAGUGCAAUUUGGCACCUCUCUUCCAGGUCUUCCUAAGUUUUUGUUAGUUGUGUCUUUGAAUUUAUUGUACUUCACUGCUCGUCAGUUAUCUGGUUCAUAAGGAAGCGGGGGCAGUGAAAAACACUUCCUUGAUCCAUCCAGCCCUAAAGUUCAUUGACUGAUAGCUCAUGUAUCUUAUUAAAUGGGAUUCUGGACUUGUAUAGUAGUGUGGAAAGCCACAUCACAAAAGCCAGUGCCUAUUGAGUAUAUCAAACCAAAAAAAGAAAAAAAAAAAGUUUUAAGAGGGGUCAGGCUGGCAGAUAAAAUCUCUUAUGAAGCAGAUUUAAAUCCAGUAAGCUAUUUUUUUCUACUGUCACCUAUAGGCAAGUUCAUAAGUCAUUGCUGGAUCUGAACCAGUGUUCUCUUGUGUCAGUACAACCAUAUUUCAGUCAGUCCAGAGGCAGUUAACCCUGUAGCACUUAGUAGACUGUGACAACUGGCUGGAUGUGGAGAAUAAGUGUCAAAACCUGGCUUCAAUGUCUAUUUCUCAUGUCUAAUGGAGUUCUUAAACAGUGCUUGUUUAGCUGUGGUUACUAAUAUGUUUGUUAUAUUUAUUUUUGGGAAGAGGAUCUUGUUAUUGUUUCCUGAGAUUAUUUAAAAUGUUUUUGCUUUGACAUAUUUCUGUCUUUUGUUAUAUGUAAGGAGUUAUAAGGGUUAUUAUAUUUUCAUUUCUGGUUUUUACUAUACAGUGGUUAUCUAACAUACUAAGUUGGAACCCUACCUACCCAUAAAAUAUGAAAUACUCAGAAGUAAAGUGUAUGGGCAAUCAGAAGCAUAGCCUUGAAGGACCUGACACCAGUAUGAAAAGAUAAAUAGGCCAGGCAUGGUGGCUCACACCUGUAAUCCCAGCACUUUGGGAGGCUGAGGUGGGUGGACCACCUGAGGUCAGGAGUUCAAGACCAGCCUGACCAACAUGGUGAAACCCUGUCUCUAGUAAAAAUACAAAAAUUAGCCAGGCGUGGUGGCACAUACCUGUAAUCCCAGCUACUCGGGAGGCUGAGGCAGGAGAAUUGCUUGAACCCAGGAGGUGGAGGUUGCAAUGAGCUGACGUUGCGCCAUUGCACUCCAGCGGGGAAACAACAGUGAAACUCCAUCUCAAAAAAAAAAGAAAAAAAGGUAAAUAUAAUCAAUAUGUGCACAGUUCUCUUUAUCAGGCAAAAACACAUUUAUUGAGACAUGAAAUGAGAAUCAGGCUGAAGGAAUCAUGCAGCUGAAAGCUGAUUAUAGUCAUAGAAAUGAAGAGAUGAAAUAUUCAAAUAUUCAUUCAAAGAAGAUGGCUACUUUAUUGUGAGACUUACCACUUUAACCUCAUAUGUUAACAGCACCUACCAAAAAAUGAUAUGAAAUAGAGCUAAAAUACUGAAAUUGUAAAUGGUCAAAAGAAAUCAUGAAAAUGUAUGUGUUAUUUCUUCAAUAAAUAUUUCUAGGUGCUUUGUGAUUCUUUCAUUUAGUCGUUAAAGCCAUUGCUUUACUAUAUUGCACUGCCACUUUAAAAACAAGUUACUUGAUAUUGUUUUUGACGGAUUUCACUAUAUUCUUAUGUAAUUAAUUGAUUAUUUCUAAAAUAUUUGAAUAAACUUUAUACUCCCUCUAAGGAGUAUUUUAUUCAUUCUUUUAAUUCCCCAAUGAACUUUGAACUUACAGUGCUGUUGAAUGCCUCGGUAAGGACUUGUUGAAAUUGCAUAAACUGUUCUUGUAAAUGGUAAACUUGAGAAUUUUGUUUGCUUCUUUUUUCUCUAUGUCUUAAAGAAUGCCUUUAGAAUCUAAUUCAUGUUGUAUCAGUUAAGAAUGUUUCUGUGGUUUCUCAUAUCAGAUGUGUAAAGAAAUUAUUAUUGGGGUGCUGUUGGCUAUGUCUCUUUCCCCUUCAUGUAAAAUUCCAAGUGUCAGUAAAACUUCUCUAUAAUAUUUUCGUAAAACCAUUUAUAAAUUUGUGUUACAAUACUCCAGCAAAUCAAUGUAAUAAAUGGUCAUAUAUAUCACCAAUUAUUGAUAUCAAAAAGUUGGGGUCACAUCAGUGCUAUUUAUUUAAUUAAAAUAUAUUGCAUAUUUCUAUUAGCACAAA